AUGGAUCAUUAUCAAGUUAUCGUUUAUUUAUUGAAUGCAUAUCCAAAAUUAUUACGUGGUUCAUUAUUUGGAUUUUUACAUGGUCUUAUGGUGGCAAUGACUUUCUCGAGAACAAUGCGAGGAAUGGUUUAUCAAAUACGAAACGUUCAUUUAAAUAAUAAUGCAUUAAAUACAAAAAAAGAUGAUCUUGUUAAUAAUCAUCUAUUGUAUGAAUUAAAUUUUUGGCUUACAAUAAUUUUAUCAACUGUUACUAAUACUUUUGUUUGGGAGACCGUAUCAUCUCCACCACAUAGUUUAUUCAUUUCAAUUGGAGUAACAUUAUUUUUGUUUAAAUUACCAGAAUGGCUACUUAAUAUAAGAUUUUUCUUUAUGGGUUCAAGAAUGGGAUAUCUCGAAUGCAUUAAUAGUCUUUGGUAUUACAAUCAGAUAGCAAUGGUGGCCACAGCAAUUGAUAUCUUUUUAAUUAUUGGCAUAAGUGGAUUGAAUCUAAUUGCAUGGUAUUAUUCAACAUAUG